GGAAGAAACCGAGUUCCCCAAACGACUCACGACUUGAUACUAGGACAUCCCCCAGCUGCCUCUCGAACCUACCUUCGCUGAAUUGGUCAGAUGGCUGCCCUCCAGACCUGAAUCUUGAGGUCUUCGCUGGCAUCUCCGAAUAUCGGUAGGAGGAGCAAAGUCACUGGGCAUUGAAACUAGACAUUCAUCAACGUCCGGCUCGCCAUGGACUACAGCACCUCAAUAAACGACACGGACAACCCUGUUGGGCCGUCCCCUUGGGGCAGCUCGCCUGAGUCGUCCCCCCGACAUAACCGGACAGCCUUCAGCUCUCUUGGCGGCGAACCGCCCAUCUCACCCUAUCCCUUUACGUCGCAGACCGAGGGCAAUGGCCUAGCGGCCGAACAGGAAGAGGGAGGCUUUGGCGGAGGCGAAACCAAUUACAACCGGCCGGACACAGCGAGCACCGUCUCUGCGACCGAAGUCGCUAGCGACAUCCAGUCUGAGGAACCGGGACGCGAGGAGGCUCCCGGCCCGCCCGGCAAGGCCAGCCAGGAGGGGACCCCGCAUCAGCAGUCACAAGAACCGGCAAAGCCUGCUGGACAACAUGCUCCGCAAUCACAGGAGCAGCAGGCUCGGCGACCUCCGCAACCGCAGUUUAAGCUACAGGCUAAGAUUACUGGGCUCGAACGAACCGGUCGCAAAGAUCCGAUCCUCAGAUUUGAUGUUCAUACCAACUUGCCAAGUUUCAGGACCACUCAAUAUCGCGAUGUCCGCCGACUUCAUUCCGAGUUCGUAAAACUCGGCGAACACUUGAUAUCCGCGAAUCCGGAAGCGAUUGUCCCGGCAGUGCCACCACCCCUAACCUCGGCAGGUGCUGGGACGGACGAGGACGAGGGCAGGGUGAAGGCGCUGCUACAGCGCUGGUUUAACUAUGUUUGCAGCAAUGAGGUCCUUAUGAGGGACGAUGAGAUGGUGCUCUUCGUGGAGAGUGAUUUCGGCUACAGUCCUAUGGUUAAGAAGAAGCAGCCUGCGACGGGCGUUCGUCGGAAGAUUCUCAAACAGUUUGCCCCGCCGCCCGACGAUACGCCUGAACUGCAAGAAGCUCGACCUAUAGUAAAGCUUUUCUACCUGGGGACAAUGGAUGCCGGGCACAAGGUUGAUAAGCUGGUGAAAUCACGAAGGGUGUUGGCGCUUGCCGAGUCUGACUUUGGCGUCAAACUCGGAAACAUGGCCGUUCAGGAGCCGUACCAAGGCCUAGCCAAGGCCUAUCAAAAACUCGGUAAAGCCGUGCAGACGGUCGGGGACUGCCAUGCGGCCCAGGCCACGGCAGAAGCCACGACGAUCGGCGACCCGCUUCAAUACCACUCGCAGGACGCCUUCAUCGUCAAGGAGACGCUGACUAACCGGCAGAUCCUGGUGCGUGACUUCAUCCAGGCCCAGGAGACCACUCGGAGCAAGCUCAACGCGGCAGACCGACUCAAGGCGUCUUCCAACGUCCGGCGCGAGAAGGUUGACGAGGCGAUCGCGUCGUUCGACGAGGCGCGCCACAACGAGAGCUUCCUCUUCCAGAAGACGACGCGCGUGACGCAGAACCUCGUGCACGAGCGGCGCAAGUGGUUCGCCCGCACGGCCGCCGACCUGCGCCUCAGUGUCCGCGAGUACGUGCUCCGCGAGAUCGAGGCCGAGCGCCGCAUCCUCGCGCUGCUUGAGAGCGUCCGCCCGGACAUACGCUCCAUCGACGCGUCGGGCGGCCUGAGCCGGCUGGGCCGCGAGGCCCACCCGACGACCGUCCGGCGGUCCAGCCUCGCCGCAUCGCAAGGGCCCAAGGGGGACGCCUGGAGCGGCGUGCCGCGGCGCACCGACACGGUCAACCGCAGCAUCUCGGGCAGCUUCGUGGGGGGGGUGGCGGAGGAAGGGGCGGAGGGAGGGGACGGCGGCGGCGGCGGCGAGGGCGGUGGGGCUGCCAGGGGGCCCGGCGGGGGUCUGCCUGGUGUCGGCGAGGAUGACGACGAGGACCGCGUGGAUGCCCGGAAUGCGGCUAGCCGGUUGGCGACGAGCACGUUUUGAAAGUGCCUAUAUUAUCAUGAUACGCUUUUCUUCUUCUUUCUCUCUACCUGCGCACCACUCCCUGUCAAUCUCUGCUGCCGAGCGCGAUUUAGCAUACGUGUCCCGUGCCACCUGCCACCUGCCAGAGGGUGGAACUUUAUCUUGUCGUUCAUCCCUUGCUUGCUUCAUUUGUUGUGUGUGGGUGCUAGUGAUGGGGUCUGUGUGUGUGUGUGUGUGUGUGUGU